CUUUCUUCUCUCUCUCACAUUCCCUUCCGCAGAAUCUUUUCGUUCUGAAAUUUCCUUCACAUCCAACCCACUUUCCUUUUCUCUCUCCCUCUCUUAUUAUUUAUUUAUUCAUUCAUUCAUUUCGCUCUCUCUCUCCCCCUUCUCCUUUCUUCCUCUGCAACCAAAAUCUGAAUCUUAGGGCACCAACACCUUUGAUCCAAUGGGUUCGGUUGCCGCAGAAGAACUGAACUUAGAUUUAAGAUCCUCCUUCGUCCCCAAAACCAUCACCGAUUUCCUCCGCCACCUCUCCGCCAACAACAACCACCCUGCCACCCUCCGCGAUUUCCUCUCCCGCCUCGAAGACGAGCUCCGCAAGAUCCACGCCUUCAAACGCGAACUCCCCCUCUCCAUGCUCCUCUUAAACGACGCAAUUUCCGUUCUGAAGGUUGAAUCGCAGAAAUGCUGCAGGGUGGCGCGCGAUUCGCCGCCGGUGCUGGAGGAGUUCAUUCCGUUGAAGAAGGAGCUUGGUGAUCAGAGCGAGGAGGAGGAGGAGGAGAAUGAUGAUGACAAGGACGAUAACGAAUGCAGGGAUAAGAGGAAUUGGAUGAGUUCCGUUCAGCUCUGGAAUAACAACACUACCACCACUACUACUAAUAACAACAACAAUGCCUCUGAUCGCAAACAACUACUUCAUAAAUUACAAACCAAGAAAAGUGAAGAAGGGCAGUCUGUGGCUGAGGAUCCUUUUCAGACUUGUAGUAAUAGAAAUGGGGGAAGAAGGGCAUUUAUGCCUUUCUCUAGGUACUCUUCUUCAUCAUCAUCUGUGCCGGUGACAACAGUGGGGCUGGGGGCUGCAUCCAAAGAAGAGAAGGAAGAGAGUGUUAGGAAUAGGCUUUCUCUUCUGACGCCUUCUGUGAAAGAAGGGUGUGGUUCAAGGGGAUCAAGGAGCAGUUCUAACAGGGCUGUUUCUUCUUCUCCUCCCACGGCUCAGCCGGGUUUGCGUGCGACUUCGCUUCAGCAGACUGCUAGGAAACAGAGGAGGUGCUGGUCCCCUGAGUUGCACAGACGAUUCGUUAAUGCCUUGCAGAAGCUUGGAGGUUCUCAAGCAGCUACACCAAAGCAAAUUAGAGAGCUUAUGCAGGUUGAUGGCCUAACUAACGAUGAAGUGAAGAGCCAUUUACAAAAAUACCGACUUCAUACGCGGAGAGUUCCUGCUGCAAGUUCUAAUCAGCCAGUUGUGGUUCUUGGAGGUUUGUGGAUGUCUCAAGAUCAGUACAAUGACUCUUCAAAAGUUAGCAGUUCAGGGUCAGGUUCUCCUCAAAGUCCUCUUCAUUUGGCUGCAGGGUCCCGGGGAGGGACAUCUCCUACUGAAGGUGACAGCAUAGAAGAUGAUGAAGAUGCAAGAUCCGAGAGUUAUAGUUGGAAAAGUCAUAUGAACAAACCAGGAAAAGUUGAUGUAUAGGAUACUACUCUCCACCAUGAAUUUUGCAGAUAAAAGUAUACAUGGGAGGAGUUUUACCACUACAUAAGAAUAAUACUACAUGAUACAUAAAAAAGAGGGUCAACGAUAAGAGGCAGUUGUAGUUUUUUUUUAAGGUUUAGCUUUGCCUUAUAUACUGCGUGAGUUUUGAUAUGAGACUCCGAAUUAAAAUAUCAUUUUCCUUCGCUUUAAGAAGCUGGAUAUUUUUUUUUCUCUAUCAUAAAAUUCUUUUAUUUCGUUUUGUCAUGGGAACUCUCUGAUCCCCCCAGAAGAAAUUAAUUACUAGUCCAAUAUUUAGAUGGUC